CCCACACAGACAAUAUUGCUUCAAUAUCCCCCAAGAUGGCUGCCAAUGUGGGAUCAAUGUUUCAAUAUUGGAAGAGGUUUGAUCUGCGACGGCUGCAGAAAGAACUGAACUCCCUCGCAUCGGAGCUGGCUGCACGGCAGGAAGAGAGCGAGCAUUCCCACAAGCGUCUUAUUGAACUCAGCCGGGAGUUCAAGAAGAAUGUCCCGGAGGAAAUUCGAGAAGUUGUGGCUCCAGUUUUGAAGAGCUUUCAAGCUGAGGUUGUUGCUCUUAGUAAAAGAAGCAAAGAAGCAGAGGCCGCCUUCCUGAGCGUAUACAAGCAACUCAUUGAAGCACCAGACCCAGCACCAUUACUAGAAGCAGCGCGCAGUUUAGAAGACCGGCUGCAGCAACUUCAAUGCAUAGAGCCUGAGAAUAAAGCUGUGAAGGAAAUCUGCCGACACUGGAAGAAGUAUUCUGACUUUUUUUCUACGAGUAAAGAGAGGAAAGAGGGCACGGCUCCAGCUGGUAUCCCGCUGCAGAGGGAGGACGCCUGGCACGGAAAACUCUACUCUGUGGACACCUUUCAGCAGAAGACCGAAGCAGAGAGCGAAAAAGGAUUGCAGGAAGCACAGAUUACUUUAGCUGUCAGACUUGGUGAGGCCGAGGAGAAGAUCAAGGUUCUUCAUUCAGCACUGAAGACAACUCAGAGGGAGCUGCUUGACCUGCAGUGUCAAUAUGAUAAGGAGACAGCAUCUAAGGCUGAUGAAGUGGGCAUGAUAAUGACAAAUCUUGAAAAAGCUCACCGGAGAGCAGAAGCUGCUCAGAGGGAGGUUGAGAGUCUCAGGGAGCAAUUAUCAUCGGCAAAUAAUUCCAUUAGACUGACCUGUUGUUCUCCACAAGGAUCUGCUGGUCUAAGUUCUUCUGACAAAAGUGGCUUCUCACUAUGUUCUGGAUCUCAUUUAGAAUCAGCUUUAGCUUCUAAAGACAGAGAAAUUUUAAGGCUCCUUAAGGAUAUUCAGCAUCUCCAGAACUCCAUACAAGAAUUGGAAGAAUCUUCAUCUAAUCAAAUAGCUGAACUAGAACAGCAACUUCUCGUCAAAACUGAGGCCAUAGAGAAGUUGGAAGAGAAGUUGCGAAGUCAGUCAGAUUAUGAAGAAAUUAAAACUGAGCUAAGCAUAUUAAAAGCUAUGAAGUCUGCUACAUCCAGCUGUGCACUUGCCCCAGAGACUUCCAAGUCAGAAGAAAACGUAGCAGUCAAAAGAGAAGCAUUUUACCCUUCACAGAGCUACCUACCAGAAAAGCAGGAUGAAGAUCAUUUUCAAAAUGCCACAAAAGAUUUUGUGCCAGCUGACAGACCAUACUCCGUUUCUCCUUUGACAAGAGAUGGAAUUUCUACACCCAGUCCUGCUCUGUCUAUGCUGGAAACAUCCUUUGGAAACAAAGUUCGUAGGACCCUUGGCCCAUCUUCUGUUUACAGUGAUAAUGAACAAUUAGCAGGGGAGCCAGCCCUCAAGAAUCAUGUAAAAUUGCUCAAGACUGAAAGCAACCAUGGGCAUUCAUUUCAGUCUCCAUUUUACACACUAAAGGCCAAUCUACUUGCCAACAAUCACCAGUCCUCUGGCAAUCAAGAUUCUAGCCCACAUAGUGAUCAGUCCGAAGGAACCAACAGCAGCUCCAUGGAUGAUGAACACCUAGACACUUCUGAAAUUGCUUUUCAAGUCAAGGAGCAACUAUUGAAACAUAAUAUUGGACAACGAGUAUUUGGUCACUAUGUCCUGGGUCUUUCCCAGGGAUCAGUAAGUGAGAUUCUGGCCCGUCCCAAACCAUGGCGAAAACUUACUGUGAAAGGGAAAGAACCCUUCAUUAAGAUGAAGCAGUUUCUUUCAGAUGAGCAGAAUGUUCUGGCACUAAGAACUAUUCAAGUGCGGCAGAGAGGAAGCAUUACACCAAGAAUUCGAACACCGGAAACAGGAUCAGAUGAUGCCAUCAAAAAUAUUCUGGAGCAAGCAAAAAAAGAGAUUCAGUCUCAGAAAGGAGAGAAAGGAGGUGAAACAAAAGCCUUGAGUGUUCCUUUCUCAUCGUCUGCCAGCAGUAACAGUGGUUCUGAAGAUGCAAUAAAGAAUAUUCUGGAGCAGGCAAGAAGAGAAAUGCAGGCACAGCAGAAGGCAUUGUUAGAAAUAGAAACAGGCAGUGGGCAGAGGUCCAUUUCUACACCCCCAAAUGAGCGCCCCAUACUCACUCCCUCCACACACAAAGCACCUCAUGUGUACAUUAAACAGGAGGACAGCAGCCUUCUAACCAGCACAAGCUCCACGCAGACACCACUGAGUGUACUGUCUCCAGCGGCUUUUGUACAAAACAUCAUACGCAAAGUAAAGUCAGAAAUAGGCGAUGCAGGGUCAUACUUUGAUCAGCACUGGGCAUCGGAGAAAAGCAUUCUGAGCCGUCCAUUUACCUCUGUGUCUCCAUCACUAUCUUCCUCAUCUUCAAGCUACUCUAGCAUGAUAAAUGGUCGACCUUGGAAGAAAGGAGAAAAUAUUGAAACUUCACAAAAUGAGGAAGAUAUAUCCAAUGGAGAAGAAACACAUAAGAUAGUGGAGAUAAAGACAGAGGCUGGAAGUCUGGAUAGUCAGAACACGAAUCAGCUCUCCUACUACCCUGCCUAUGUUCCUAGGAAUCUCAAGCCCACUGUUCCUCCUCUCACCCCAGAGCAGUAUGAGCUCUACAUGUACAGAGAAGUGGACACCUUGGACUUAACCAGACAAGUUAAAGAAAAAUUAGCAAAAAAUGGCAUCUGCCAGAGAAUCUUUGGCGAGAAGGUACUGGGAUUAUCUCAAGGUAGUGUGAGUGACAUGUUGUCCAGACCGAAACCAUGGAGUAAGCUGACCCAGAAAGGACGUGAACCUUUCAUUCGCAUGCAGUUGUGGCUGACAGAUCAGCUUGGUCAAGGGAUUACCCAGCAGCCAGCUCUAUCACAAGGCACAGCGAGUCCUUCUGAAACGCAUCCAUCCCCAUCUCCACCACCAAGUCCAUCAGACCAAGAAAAAAGUCUGACUGAGCCAGUUAUGUUAAGUUUGGAAAGCAGCAAAGAGAAUCAGCAACCAGAGAUUAAAUCUGUUUCUUCACUCAGUAGCAUAACCUUUCCAAGUCCUCACCCAGCGACCACGGCAGGUAUCCAAGAGAUUGUGGCAAUGUCUCCAGAGCUUGACACCUAUUCCAUUACCAAGAAGGUUAAGGAAGUGUUGACGGACAAUAAUCUAGGUCAGAGGUUAUUUGGAGAGAGCAUCUUGGGUCUUACUCAGGGGUCUGUAUCAGAUCUACUUUCCAGGCCCAAACCUUGGCAUAAGCUGAGUUUAAAGGGCAGAGAGCCAUUUGUUCGCAUGCAGCUAUGGCUGAGUGAUCCACACAACAUUGAAAAACUGAGAGACAUGAAGAAGAUGGAAAAAAAAGCUUAUCUGAAGCGUCGCUACGGUCUUAUUAGCGUUGGCUCGGACAGUGAAUCUUCCAACACUAGAACAGAUUGUGCAAGCCCCAGCCUCCAGACACAGGAUUAUAAUCUAAUGCAGAUGAAAAAGCCAAGAGUGGUGCUUGCACUGGAAGAGAAAGAAGCCUUGAAGAAAGCUUAUCAAUUGGAACCUUACCCAACACAGCAGACCAUCGAACUGCUUUCCUUACAGCUGAACCUCAAAACUAACACAGUCAUUAACUGGUUCCAUAACUACAGGUCACGCAUGCGCAGGGAGAUUCUGAUGGAAGGCCAGCAUGACAAUGACAUAGACCAAGAGCCGAAUAGCUGUGACAGCUUCAUAUCUGCAACAUUACCACCCAGAGAGCUAACGCCUCACAGCCUGGACUCUGAAGCAGGAGACAGGAAGCCAGUGAUCUAUGAUCUGAAACAUAUGCUGCAUACAAACUGCUACUCAAGGGAGGUGAGAACUGCAAUGAAAAUUAAGAAAGAGGACACGGAAGAGGAUGAUUAUGACUUUUCCAACCAUUGGGAGUCUUGUGGCUCUGGAACACCAUCAAGAACGUGUUCUGAAUCGGAGCCAUCCAGAGCACUUAGAGAAAAACAGGUUGCUUCCACUCCUUGUGAUAGCUCUCAGAGACUACACUAUCUACGAAAAAGCAAAUCUGUUCCUGAGAAAUCUCACCAGCCUGUAGGCCAUGACUGUGCUGCCUCUGUACACACACAUAAAGAGAACAUGGGGGCAGACAUGUCACAGGCUGACCCCAUCAGCUUUAAAUCUACGAUAGAAUCUUCCCGCUGCAGCCUAGAAGUGUCUCUGAACUCACCAUCAGCUGCCUCCUCCCCAGGCCUCAUGAUGUCAGUUUCUCCUGUUCCUUCGUGUUCUGCUCCCAUCUCUCCAUCCUUGCCCAACACCACCCCUGUUAAGACUCAUUCUGCCAGCCCAGGCAGUGACACAGUGCCGUUACAUCCCUCCACAAAGCAUAGCCCACACAACCAGAGGAGAAAUGAAAAAAUGGCAAAUCUAAAUAACAUUAUCCAUAGGCUUGAGAGAGCCGCAAAUAAAGAAGAGACUCUAGAAUGGGAAUUUUGAAACUGCUUUCUAUCGGUGCAAAAAUUUUUAAAAAAAAAACAUGUUUCUACCCUACUCUGUGAAUCCACCUUAUGGAACAGAGUGAUUGCAAAGGACCUAUAUUGCAUAUUUUAUAUAUAUAUAUUUUUUCUUUUUCUGUUUUGUGAAGUAGACUAUAAUAACAAAGAGGGUGACAAAUAUCCUAAUAAUCCCUCGGAAUUUAACGGAAAAAAAUAAGAAACAAUUUUCAUGGUUAAAAAAGAAAAUCUUUUAGAAAAAAAAAUAUUUAUAAAACAUUUUAGAUAUUUUAUUACCUAAUAUUUGGAAUUUAUUAACAGCUGAAGCUGCUUUGAUAAUGGACGUUGAUUACCGCAGAGAUGUAGCAGUGAUUACAAUGAUAUGUGUAACCUGGCCACUGGAUAAGAUUAAGUGACUGUUGUUUAAAGCCAUCAAGAAGCACUAGGAGCCUGUCCAAAUGAAGUAUCUCAUAGAUAUCAAGAGCUGCUUUGGAUAUUUACUACCCUCUGAAGAGAUGGAUACAGUCUCUAGGACUAUAAACUGAAUAUGUAUUGCCAUGAAAUGUGUGUAGAUUGGAUUUCUACUUGAAAAAAUGUUGAGAACAUAUUAUGCCAGGUGGCUGUGAAUGUUCAUCCUGUUCUGUGUAUGGCAGAAGAGGAUGAACAGGUUGUGGUGGGUCCAAUAGUUGAUAUAUGAAGUGCAGAAUAUUUAUAAUUUUAUACUACAUGGUCAGAAAUAUGUGGGCACGCUUUCUGUCCCAUCCCUUAAGAACGGCUUCAGGGAAGGACAAGCAGAUGUACAUGCCUUAGAUCACUGUGCUCAAUGUCAGGAGUCAACUGGAGUGGUGUAAAGCACACGAUCAUUGGACUCUGGAGAAGCAGGAACAUGUUCUAGAGAGAUCAGUCACGCUCAGCCAUGCUGGAUGCCUGCACUUUUGGUACGAAGACUCUCCACAACACAGUUCCAGAAUCUCGUCCAAAGCAACACAUACGGCUGUACUGUUCAGGUGUCUACAUACUUCUGACUGUGUUGUGUAUGUAUACAGUAUGAAUUACACUAUAAAGAAGUCAGCGUUAACAUGGUUUAACCAUAGGUGUUGCAAAUGCACAGUGAGGAGCUCCGUUUACUGUUACAUCGAGCUGGCACUGUAGGCACAUCUGGAGGACCACCAGUUGCCUGUCUGUAGCCAUGACUUACAGAAUGGCAUUGCACUUUCAGAACCCUAUACGUGUUUAAAACUUUGAAGAGUAUAAAGGAUGUGCAGUAAAUUGUGCUUCAUUUGUAUGAACACUCCCUGGUGUGCAUUUUCAUUUUAAUGCAGUUAAAUGUCCCCAUCCUUCCUGUAGUCAGGUGCCUGGUAUUUACUUUGCUGCAUUAUUAAGGAGGGAAAUAGAAAUGGCACUACUUUCCUAUGAUCAGGAGCCAAUAUAGAGAAUUGGCAUCUCAGUAUAUUGUUUGGUGUAAAAGGUAAAUUAUUUUUGUAUAAGUAAACCAUUGCAUCUAACAAUGCUGGACAGAUCGAGUUAAGGCUAAGUUUACACAUGGUGUCAUUGUAGCAGAUUUGUGGUGCACAAUAUAAUGUAAGUCUGCAUCAAAAGCUACAUGAAUUUUCUACCACGCGAGAACCUUUGAAUGUCCACCUUUGCAUACUAUUGUAUAUAUAUGUGAAUGUAUUACAAUGUAAAGCAGUAUUUGUAUGUAUGUUUAUAUAAUAGUGUGCAAAGAUUAAAGGGGUUUUCCGAGACUCUUUUUAAAUCUGAUCAGGGGGACCAACACCUGCCUUCUCGCAGCUCACAAAGCACAGCGCUUAGUUGCGCAGCUCAGCCUCAUUCACUUCAGUGGGGCUGAUCUGCACCUAGGCCAUGUCACUGAUGAACAUGGCGUCGCAUGGCCUACUGCGGCGCUACUGCGAGCACCACUGCCUUC